AUGCUCUUCCCACUGUUUGUGCCAACUCUUCAGGACCCCUACUCCCUUGGAGAGGGAUCUUGGAGACCGGAUAGUCCUAUAGAGAUUCCUCACGAGGUGGCUCUCAUGGGUCUCCCUCAGAACAUACAAUUCACCUGGAUGAACUCUUCCUCCAGGAUGGUUCUACAUAUCGCCGCCCCCGGAUCAUCAGCUUUAUAUUCUGCCGACAUGCCCCAGGGUUGGAACGGCCCAACGAUCCUCUACGCUGGUUCAAGAGUCCAGGGCAGUCCGAUGCUCUACGUCGAGAGAUCAGACCGUGAAUCAACCUUUCACUUGCCCGGUGUCCCGAGUUGCGGUAUCAUGCCUUGCCAGAUCGUUCUGCAGUGCGAGUACGCCGACCCUGUUACCUGGUUCAGGUUCACCAUGGUUGUCGGUGAUGGCACCAACAACCACUUUGAAACUUUCGAGUGGCGCCGCUCUUCAAAGUCUGCUGGAAAGUGGAAGCUCACCCGUCUCGGCCCCGGUGGAGAAGAAGACAUGUCGCAACAGUGGUAUCCCUCUCCAUACGGUCAAGAAUACUAUGGUUCCCCUGCAGCAACAGAGAGCGGUUCAAGCAGCAGAAAAGAAACGGUGGCGAUUCUCUCCGAGGAAAAACCAUCGUCACGAUCAAAUCACAGGUCUAAAGUCGGAGGCUUCCAGUUCAAGGGUUCAGGCGCAACGUCUGAGCUUGGCUACCACUGGGCCCUGAUGGCCGCCAUGAGCGGCAUCGUGAUACUCCAGCUAAUUGGUGCUGGGGAAAGCAGGGCGAGUGGAUGA